GAUUUUAAUUCUUCAAAAACAUUUUCUGUUGGACCUGCAGAUUGACACCAUUAAGAUUAGUUUGUUCAGAAGUUUUUUCGAUUGUGUUGUGAUGGAGAGGGUCAAGUGGAACACGUAUCGCAGCAAUUUAAGGAAGAGGGCUGUUAAAAGAGUAAAUAAGAUUUUUGAAGCUCUGAAGGAGGAUGUUUAUAUUGAAGAAACUGCUAUUCAUUUAAAUGGACGAGGCUUUGAAGUCCAAGCUGCAGUUAACAACCAGGCUUUGACCCGCAAACGCCGUAACCACACAAGGCCCACUUCACUAGGGUACACGUCAACUCCUGUAUCUCGACAGUCCUGCACAACCCCAAAUGUGAGCAGUCCCAUUGCACGAGGGAGCAUGUCAAGCCCUGAACCUCGACAUCUUGAACAUAAUCGAUUGUCAUCUGCAAAUGAGUUUGUUCCUCUUUUGCAUCAAAUCCUGACAAAAUUGGACAUGCUAACGGAUCAAGUCAAAGUUAUUCAGCU